AUGCCGUUUGUGCCAGAACUAGUAUCGACGACAAGGUAUUCCAACCGGUCCACGGACGCAAGCGCACAAUCGACGUCUGACAGUCGCCCUUCAGAUGCCGCUGGGACCCCUGCUUUGAAGCCACGAUUCUUGCCUGAACCCAUUGAAACUACUAGGAGGACCAAUCGGGCCGUUCCUUCCAUCGAAACUUCUGUAUCUGGCCCCAACUCGCCGCCAUCGUCAAAUUCCAGUACUCCCAAAGCGACUCUUUUAAACAGCAACAACACAGAACCGGUGUCUCAAGCGUCGGCGAGCAAGUUUCUGCCAGUGCCCGUGGAAACCACUCGCCGUUCCAAUCGGACACAGCCCGCGAAGUCCGUUGAUAAUACCGAUAUCAAAAGAAAAGGUUGGGGACGUGACAGCUGUGACGGUUAUGCAGACAAAGAAGAGCACAAACCUGUGAUUCUCAAUCGGGCACAUCGCAUUCCUGUUCCAAUCCCGGGCCCAGGAAAAAGCAAAUGGUUCCCGGAUGAAGCCUCAGGAUGGGGCCAACAAUACAACAACCAGCCUACCAUCAAAAACGCUCAGCCUGCGAAUGGAACCUUUGAAGGCGCAAACCGUUCGUUUUUGCCAUUGUCGUCACCUUCACCGCAGCCUAUGACUGCCGCCUCUGGCCAUGACAGUCAUGCAAAUGUCAAUGAUGCUGAAACCUAUUUUCAGUCCCUGCCAGAUUCCACUUUCCAGCCCGAAAAGGCAAUCUCGUCCCAAGUUCGUGACCAAAGCAAUUAUAGAAACAACGGUGACCCUCGUCAAUUUAAUCACUCUACCAAUGAGACACGUUCUAUUGCGGGUGUUCUGGGCUCCACUACAACUUCAUCAAAUCCCGCAAAUGCUAACUCUCCGACAACUGUUCGCUCUGGGGACGAGCACCAGGAAGAAGUGGCCGGGACUGCAUCCUUGUCCUGUUCUCCUGCUUCGUCUCUCAAAAGCAAUGCUUCGGGACCAAACUAUCUUCUCGAUUCCUCGUCUUCACAACAGCAGGAGCAGGAGCAGGAGCAGCAACGCUUGACAGGUUUGAACGCCGCUGCCCCUGCAAUAACAAGUAUUGAAUAUCUCUCACCUUCUUCAUGUGAAAAAGCCCCAUCCGGUCUCAAACACCCAAACGCAAUCCUCGUCCGUGACUUUGGCUACACCUCGAGUCGUCCGACCCUCCUCAAACUCCCGAAGGCUGACGCUAGUGCAUGCAGCUCGCCAGGGGUUGUUCCGAAGGUCCAACAGAUACCAGUGCAACACAACGGUCCUCACACGAAUAUUAAUACUGGGUCAUAUCCCCAAUCUGGACUUCUCGAUCCUUCAACUUAUACCACCACAUCAUUAACAUCAUCGACAUUCACUAAACAUUCCGCUGUCGAUCUUCUUCGUAAUCAAGUUCUCGCGGCUCAAUCACAAUUAAUUAAGGAUAAACAAUCCUUCCUCUCGCCUACCUACACCCCAAAUAAUAAUAAACCUUUACAGCCGCUAAACGGCUCGAAUGAACCCAAGAGGAAGAAACCUCUCCUCCCAUUCAGUUUUAUUCCUGCCGCAUCCCGUCCCGUGAAUUCAGGAUAUUUAUCACCAGGUUCACCAUAUCAAAGAGUUCUUUUAUCACCAGGAACUUCAGUCACUCCUCUCCUUUGCGAGUCUCCAAUGGCGACAACACUCUUCUACGAGUCUUCCAAGAUGAGCUCUCACGGCGACUACUUUACUGCUAAAAAGCAGGCAUCGGGCAUGUCGAUUGCCUCGAAUGCUGACUCGGUUGUCAGCAGAGAUACCGCGCUUACUACACCUUCAACCCGACCGUCCUCCCCUGGACCAAGCAAAUACGGAUAUCCAUGUACAUCAACCUCGUCGCUGGUGGCCAUGGUCUGCCAAACUCCUCAACCAAUAUGCUCGGAUCCACCAAACAUGUGUCCAGAAUCUAGGGAGGACGUUAGCACGGAAUUUGUGGUCGCCGUGUUUAAUUACCUCAGCCUGGGACACGAGAGUAUCGCGCGCAAAUUCGACAAAGAACUAUGCGAGGCUACUGGGUGGGGGUUGGAAAGAGUAACUACCGAUCGAUUGGGUGCGUUGAGGGAGUACGUUGAGGAAUAUGUGGAUCGGAAGCCUAGAUUUGGUAGCGGCAUGGCGGGCUGGUAG